CCGGACCGUGAACGACGCGUUCAAAACUGGCCGGUAUCUUCUGGUCAAAACUCCCGUCCUUAUGCCCUCGUCCUUCGUUUCCUUCUCCGUUCCUCUCAACGCGUACAAAACCAAAAACCAUUACAAACCUCUUUUCUACUAGAGCUCUUGCAGACCGAAGAGCCAUGCAGUGGUCAGCAACGGUCCUCUCAACCAUAACGUCUGACACCGAACCGUGCAUCGUCGUCGCGUUUGAUUCGUAUAAAUAUCUUUUCAAUGUCAGCGAAAACGCGAAUCGAGCGUUCCUGCAAAGUAGACGGAAUUGGAAGCGGAUGAAGGGGCUGUUUCUGACUCGUGCGUCCACCGAGAGGGCUGCUGGAUUACCAGGAUUACUGAUGACUUUUGCCGACGCGACGAUUCCGAGGUUGGAUGUUGUUGGUCCUCCUGGUUUGAAGCAUUAUAUGGCGUCAAUGCGUUACUAUACAUAUCGUGACUCAAUGCCCGUUAUUCCAACCGAGACGCCGUCAUCUCUUCCCUAUCCAUCUUCCAAUCCAAAUCCCGUCUUCGAAGAUGGCAAUAUCUCUGUAUUCAGUAUCCCUGUGUACCCAUCCGAAGAGAUAGAAGACGCAAUUACCACUUCGGAAGCAGGAAAGCGCAAGCUUUCUGGAGAGUCCGACGACCAACGACCAGCCAAGAGGCUACACGCUGACUCCAAGAAUCUCAAUCUAUCGAACUCCACUACACUGGACGAGGACAAUGUAUUAAGAAGUUUGAUGAUUGAUACUAUGUUUCCUGCAAGAGAACGUGGAGGCAGAAAAAACGAUAACAGCAAGGGAGGCAAAAAGCAGAAGCAGCAAGCUGUAAAGGAGACUAAGGAGCUUGGGAAUGGAGCGGCUACGGCUACGGCUAAUGUCGACGAGUACCGGCGCGCUCGACUUCCACCCAGUUUCCAUUCCCAACUACCCAAGUUCGAUUCCAAGCAUCCCGUUCCAGUUCCUGCGACUGCAUCAUACGUUAUAGUCGGCCCUCGGGUUCGGGGGAAGUUUGAUGCUACCAAAGCGAAAGAGCUUGGUAUUCCUAAUGGCGACCUACGACGGAAAUUGACGCAAGGCGAAAGUAUCACCUUCACUGUUACUGUAGAUGAGGGAGUUGAUGAGGAGGGUAAGAUGAAAAGAAGGAAAGAGACGAGAACGGUUAAACCUGAGGAGAUUAUUGGAGCUUCGGAUCCUCCAGGUGUGGUCUUGAUCUUGGACAUCCCUACUCCGGCUUAUAUUCCCUCGAUCAUCCAACCGUUUGUGGACUCUCCGUUCUUCAAGCGUUUCCGAUCGAAUGCAGACGAAGACCUUGCAGAAUAUGCUGUUCGGAGUGUAUUUCAUAUCUGCGGUGAAGGUGUUGUGGAGGAUGAGAGAUAUAAGGCUUUUAUGCGCGGGUUUUGGAAAGAUACACAUCACGUAGUCGCCUCUCCGGAAUACUGCCCGGACCCUGUCACUUUUACCAGCGCCGCGUAUAACCAGCUACGGUUGUCUCAACUGGAUCCAGAGAUAUUCCCUGUACCCCAUUUUUCUCUUACGCCCGAGAAGGACAUCACGAGUAUCACCGGCCUCCCGCCAAACGUCCACUUGAUGUCCGCCAAUCAAGUGCUGAGCGUCCGCCCGCCCGCCGCACCUGCAGUAGAUAAAGAAGCAGAGGAACUGGAUCGGUUCCAUCCAGUCAUCAGCUCUUCAGCUGGGAUUUCCCUACCGGAGGACACACAGUCCCGGUUUGAGGAGGCCAAGAAGCGAGUUAAGGUUGAGGCUGCUAAGGUGGGGCAACACGAUGUUAAUGUUAAAGCAGCUGAGACCCCCGGUGCGGACGUUCGAAUUAUCACUUUAGGAACGGGAAGUGCGUGUCCCAAUAAAUAUAGGAAUGUUUCGUCUACACUCAUUAUGAUCCCCAACUACGGAAACAUACUAUUAGACUGCGGAGAGGGAACCUGGGGUCAACUCACCCGUCAUUUUGGGACUGAUGAAGGGAAGGAGAUGAACGUGUGGAGGGUUUUGGAAGAUUUGAGGUGUAUAUAUAUCAGUCAUGUUCAUGGUGAUCAUCAUAUUGGUGUAGCUCGGCUUCUUAAGAAGAGAAAAGAGUUCGUCCCCCGACCUUCGGAGCCUCUGUACCUCGUUACGAUCCGUGCGGUACAUUUGUAUCUCAGGGAAAUGUCGGAUCUGGAAGACCUAGGACUCUUCGACGAAAAUGGCGUUGUAACGGUUUUAAGCCCGGCAAUCCACUGGAGACAAUAUGCGUCUUAUCCUGAUUCGGGUAUUUGGCAAGUGGGUGGGGACGAGCCGUGGUUGGAUAUAGAGCUGUAAGUUUCUUCAGGCAGAAGUUGAAAUUAUCCUUUCCUAUCCGACCCAGAGGACUAAAGUAUGAUGUAGAUCGAGAGAGAACGCUCGUGCUAUGUGUCAGAAGCUCGGACUGGAAGCCUUUUCGACGGUUGAUGUUCGUCAUCGUACGAGGUGUUAUGGGGCGGUUAUCCGACAUAGGGAUGGGUGGAGUAUCGUGUUUUCCGGAGACACAGUCCCAUCCGAAACACUCGUACAGGCAUCUCAAUCGCCAACUGUGCUCAUUCACGAAGCAACGAUGGCUGAUGAUCAAGAAGAACUCGCAGCGAAGAAAGCGCAUAGUACGAUAGGUCAAGCGUUGGAUAUUGGGAAGAGAAUGAACGCCAAAAACAUUCUUCUCACUCACUUCUCGGCACGGUAUCCCAAGAUCCCGAAAUACAAAUACAAAUACAAAGUGGGCCAGGUUUCGUCGACCGCUGAAGGUGACAACAGUCAAGAGGUGGAAUAUGGAUUUGACCCCACCAAUGGGGUCGUUGCGGUCGCUUUUGACCAUGCAGAUAUGAAGAUCGCGGAUAUGUGGAAGGUUAACUAUUAUCUUCCUGCUAUAGAGUCUAGCUAUCAGCAGACAGUGGUUGAAGAGGGUGAAGAUGGGGUUUUGGAGGGGGAGAACGAUGUGAUGGAGGUUGAUUCUACCCGUUGAAAACGGUUUAUAGUCGAGGGAGAUUCUAAAUAGGUAUAUCCCACAGUUCAGUUACCCAUUGCUCAAUCAUGGUCAUGUAAAAAAGUAGGCUACAAUCUGCAGUAAUGCCGCAGUGGAGACACAAUACAAGGCU